UAAGUAAGAGAAAAAUGAUCAAGAUUAUUUCUUCGAAUACUGGAUCAAGCUUAAACCAAAUAAAAGAAAAAAUUGUGGGUUUUGAUAAUGGAUGGGUUUAAGAGUUAUCGGUAAACCCGGAGUGACAAAAAACUGGGUUUGAUCUAAUUAAAACUUAAAUCUGCAUUUUGUAACUGAUUCUUUGAGAUACUAAUAUUUGAUACGGGUAUUGCAUUUGAUAAGUAAGGGUUCAAGCAAAAAAAAAAGGGUUCAAGCAGGACAAUUUUAUUAUUAUUAAUUGUUAUUUGAGAUGUUAAGCCAUUAAAAUACAGUGAACUCUUGAGAACAAUUAGUUUUUGUUCUUUUAAGAAAAAAUUCAUCCCAGUCUUUAUCUCAUCUGUGAAAUUCUAUGGAUAUGGGUAUUUUCGUUGAUAAAAAUCAGAUGAAAUCAGCUCGGCGCUUCACCUUCGGAGAACAUAAAACUAAAAAAAUAGAGGAAAGAUAGAAACCAUGAUUGUGUGGAUGCCAUGUUGGAUGCACAUGAAUCGGGCGCCACAAAUCAUGGUUGUUUAUUUUAUCGAGAAAAAGGAAGAUUUUAUUGAGAAAGUAAUUCUUGUUGCUGCUUCUUCACCUUCUUCAGUCUCUCAGCUUUCUGGCUUCUAGAUAACGGAUCGAGUAGUUGAGUACUUGAAGUGUGAGAAAAGAAAAGUAGAAGAGGAAGUUGAUUUCUGGAAGAGGAAAUUCUUUGUGGUACAGAGUGAAUGUGGGUUUCAGAAAGAACAAUUGGAUGAUUAUAAAAUGAAGUAUGAUGCGUUAUAUGUCCAACUUCAGGAGAAGACAUUGGAUGCUUACAUAGUUGAGGGCAAGUUGAAGGACUUAACAAAUGGGGUUUCCACAACUGAAAAUGAUGAGCUCAGUAAGUACAAGGCAACGUGCGACAAAUUAAACAAACAGAUAGAGGAGUUCAAGAGAAGAUGCAAGGAAUUGGCGACACAAGCAGAAUCAAGGCAGAAGAAUCAAGUUAAUUCGGAGGAAAAAUUAAAAGAUUAUAAAACUAAGUAUAAUGAGAUGUAUGUGAGGUUCAAGGAGAAUAAAGAAAUAGGGGUUUCGCUUGAAAAUGACCUGAAUGAGUACAAGAGAACAUGCAUUGAGCUGUAUGAAAGGGUCGAGAGCUUAGAAAAAGAUAAUAGGAAAGCUAAAAGUGUCGACGGCGGAAUAUGUAUUGAAUCUAUUGAUAAGCUUAAUAAGGAGAUUACAGAUUUGAGGCAUGAGAAAAGAAGUGCGGACGAUGACACUAAAAUUCUAAUAUCCAAAUUUAUGGAAUUGGAGAGUCAAAAAGCCUUGCAUCUGAAAGAAUUAGACGAUUAUAAAGUUAAGUGUCAUAGUUUAUCUGUGGAGCUUAAGGAGAAGGAAAAGUGACUUGGAUAUGAGAGUAAGUGGAAGGACUUAGCAUCGGUUAUGGGUGUUUUUCAGGAUGAGCGCGAAGGCUACAAGACAACAUUGAAGGGACUAAGAGAGCAGAUUACAAGUCUAGCUGAAGAUCGAAAGAUUUUGUGCUAUAGAGAAAAGAAAGCAGAAGAAAGAAUCUCUUGCUUGCAAGAGGUAAUUAAGACUUUGGUUGAAGGUAAUAAGAAACUUACAAAUGAUGAAGGAGCAGCAGAAUGCGUUCAGCUCAGUAGAGAGAGCAAAAUGUGUUCCCAUCCUGGUGUAAACAGAGAUGAGCAUGUCUCAGGCUCUAUGUCUACUGAAAAGCAAUCAGAGCCUUUAGUAAAUUUGAAUGGAGACAAGGAGAAAGCUUCUUCACUAUUCAGCAUGGAGUUGGAAAAUAAGGAGAUAAAUAUUGAGUUAGAAAAGAGAGAGGUAGCUCUGCUUAAGCCAGAUAGAUUAAAACCAGCAGGUAAUAUUCAGAUCAAUAAAAAUGAGGACGAUACAGAAAUGAUGGAAAAGCAUACUUGUGACAGACAAAAGCUGAAUGUUUCAACUGACAUUACAGUUGAAGGAUGUUCAAAUUCUACAAAAUGUAUGACAACCUCAAAACAAUCCUUUUCUGGUCAGAAAAAUGAGGAAUAUGGUAUCAUAUGCAAAGCGGUUGAUAUCCCAUUAUCUUCAUCAGCAUUAAAAAGAAAGAGGCUUUCAGAGACAGUAACUAGUGAUAGUGAUGAGGAUGGUAAAACUCCAAUUAGUAAAUAUAUGGCAAAGAAACUUGAAGAGCUUAGGGGAAGGCCUACAUCCAAAAUUUCUCCUGUGAGUGUUGGGGAUGUUGUUGUCUGUUGUAUGGGUCAAAAUGUCAACAAAUUCGUAACCACUUCACCACAAAGACUUGUUUCACUAAGAAUGAGUGAAGAAAACAAGAUCCAGGCUGAUGGAACAUCAAAAGAUGAAACUGUAUCUCUAAGUAAUUUGGAACUGGGUAUUUCAUCACAAGAGAAGGUAGGCAACCUAACUACUGCAAAUGAGGGAGCGGAAGUGGCAGAAGAAACUGAUUCUGACAGCGGAGGUAGUAAAAGUGCUGAUACAACGGACAAUGAGUAGGAUUCUUGUCAAGUUCUAGCAAUGAUGAGAAGAAUUCUGGAAUAUAAAAAAAAAAAAAAAAAAGAACUCUGGAAUAAAAAUAACACAGGUUA